AUGCCUCAAACAGCAGAAUACAAGGCCGCAUGGCCCGUCUUUGCGCUAGCAUGGUCCAAUCAUCCGUCCACUUCUUCUUCUUCGUCACAUCACCCGCGCAACCCAUCCGGAUCAGCGCGCUACAUUCCAUCCUCACCCUCCCCACUCGGGCGACAGGACGAAUACGACGGGCCACCACCUUCCUCUUCCACCCCGGGUCCACCAGACAGCGCACGCAUCGCCGUCGGCUCCUUUGUCGAGCAGUACACCAACCGCAUCCAGAUCCUCGGCUUCGACCAACGCGACUCCUCCUCCCUUUCACUCCUGGCCGAUGCAUCACAUCCGUAUCCACCAACAAAGCUGGGCUUCCAACCAUCGACAUUGUUCGAUGCGUCAUCCAGCGAACGGAGGGAUGCGUCACUCGAGAGGGAGCGGAGUGCAGGCGAGCGAGGCUAUGCAUCUCCCACGACCAAGCUCGCAAAACGAGGUAGCUGGGGUGCCAAAGUCCGCAACUCGCUCGAGGGCGAAUCUGGCGGCCUACCAGACCACUAUCCGGAUCGCGAACUGCUCGCAUCCACAGCAGAUUGUCUGCGCAUCUGGGAGAUCUAUCGCAACGAAUAUGCCGACUCGUACCAGUCUAACUACGUUGGCGGUCAGGAAGCAGGUGGACAAUUACCCUUCUCAUUACGCGAAAAGAGCGUCCUGGCACAUUCGAAGAACACCAAGUCGCCGCCAGCACCGCUGACCAGCUUUUCGUGGAACACGCCCUCGCCCAAUCUCAUUGUGACGUCUUCGAUCGACACGACGUGUACCAUCUGGGACCUGCCGACGCGGACAGCGCUGACGCAGCUCAUUGCGCACGACCGCGAGGUGUACGAUGUCGACUGGUGUCCUGGUUCUGCGGACGUUUUCGCGUCUGUUGGCGCCGACGGCUCGGUCCGCGUGUUCGACCUGCGGAGCCUCGAGCACUCGACCAUCAUCUACGAGACGGGUACUGCGCCGUCAACAGAGUCGCGGCCAGGGACGAGCAUGUCUACUUCGUCGCGCGCCACUUCGACCCGGAGCGUUCCGGCAGCGCCAUUGCUCCGCAUCGCAUUCAAUCCAUGGGACGCUAACUACCUCGCCACAUUCCACCUCGAAUCCGACUCUGUGCAGAUCUUGGACGUUCGUGCGCCUGGCUCACCAAUCCUUGAGCUCCGAGGGCAUAGUGCGGCAGUAAACGCUAUUGCAUGGGGCCCGCCGAGCGUGGGCGCAGGCGUCCUGGGUCCAAGCAAAGGCAUGGUCUGCAGCGCCGCCGAUGACGCCCAGGUCUUGGUCUACGAUCUUGCUUCGACGACCCUGCGCACCGCCUCCGCUCAAGGCAGGCGCAGUAGAAACGGUCACACUCCCUCUCCCGCUCCUACCCUCGGCAGCUUUGGCGGAACAGCGAGUCCUGCGCCCACAAGCAUCGCGGGCAGCAUCGGCAUUGGCGCCGAAAUCCCCUUCCUCGCGUACACAACGCCGAACCAGGAGAUGGUCAACAAUGUGAGCUGGCUAAGGGCGGGUGGUGGAGGUCUGCCACCCGGUGUCGGAGGCUUUGCCGGCGGUGGGGGAAGCAAAAGUGUGGCACAGGAAUGGAACGAGUUCACGGCAGGGAGUCAAGGCAGCGGGACGGGCGGGUUUGCUCCUCAUGACUCGGAUUGGAUCGCCAUGGCUAGCGGAAGCUCUGUACGUGCGCUCAAGGUGUAG